CCGAAAGUUGAAAUUGCUUUGCCUUUUCCACUCCCGCUCUCACCAAAUCGAUCCCUUCUUCCAUCACUCUCGCUCUACUUAUUUUCUUCAAUAAACACACUGACAACAAACUUAAGAGUUAAGAGAGACAGAAGGAGUGAAAGACACGGCCUUUCUGCGGUAACAGCCUCUCUUUUUUCGACAAGGAUUUCAAUACCCAUCUUGGGCUUCUAUUUUUCCAGAAACAGGGUUUUUGUGUUUGCAAUGGAUUCUUUAAUGAGUUCGAGUUGUUUAUUGACAUUAAUGGGUAGUUGAGUUUGAGAUUUGAUGGUGUUUGGUUGAGAGUGAAUGGGGAGUGAAGAGGUUUUGGGGAGUUCAGCGGUUAUCAUGGAUCCUACUAUCAGCCCAUGCAAUGGUAGUAUGGUUCAGCUUAUGGAUGAUGGCGAGGAGAAUGAGAAUCUGGGUGUUGAUCUUCUUAAUGAUUUGGAUUUGUAUUUGGAGGAUAUUAAGGAUAGGUUGACCAUUUCAAGACUGGUGAGUGAUUCAGUCAUUAAGGGUAUAGUGUCUGCAGUUGAGCAAGAGGCAGCCCUGAAGAUUGCUGAGAAAGAAUUGGAGUUGACUAGACUGAAGAAAGGAUUACAUCUUUACAUUGUGGGUUCAGAUGAUGGAUCUGUGUGUUCGGGGAUGUGCCAAGAGCAAAAAAAUGGAAAAAAUGAACUUUAUUCAGAUACUUUUGUGGAGCAUGAUAGAUUACAAGAAUCUUUGAGAAACCUUAAUAUUGAUGUUAAAGGGCAGCUUACAAAUCUCAAGAAAGAAAUUCAUAAGGUUAAAGGGUCCUAUUCUAUGAGGAGGAGGAAUUCAUCUUCUGAAAUUGUGGGGUUGGGUGGUAUUCUUCUGGAAAAGAUGCCUGAUGAAUGGAGUGAUGUGGACAAAAUGUUUGAUGGUCUAGGAACUACUCUGGACUCUUUCUGCAAACAUGCAGAAGAUAUGGUUCAUUUUCCCAAGUCAUUAUUCUAUGAGUGGCAGCAGGAGGGGGAGUUUCAAGCAGAAAUUGAAGGGCUGGUGAUCAAAAAUUCUAUCAGGGGUCUUCAAGAAGAGCUUGACCAACAGAGAUUCUGUGAUCAAAAUACUCAGUUCUACAGUAACGGAAAUGCAAUUUGGCUUGAAAAGGUGAAAGAGCUUUCAAGUUUACGUCAGGAAUUGGAUGCUAUUGCCAAGUCACUUUCUGUACCUGAAAGUGGGCAUCUGAUUUCUCAUGGUUCCUUGGAGCACUGGAAGUCUUCAGGUCAUCAUUUUUCAAAUGGAAAUCAUGAUGAGUCAAUAAUUACCAUGCCAGAAAAUUUGGAAGCUGUCGAGCUAAUAAAGGACAUGAGCAAGGAAGAAUUGUUUCAUUAUCUCAAGACCGAGAUGAUUAAAAUGAAGAGAGACCACGAGUCAAAAGUGCAAAACAUAACUGAAGAGAUAUUCGCCUUGAAAGGGGCAUACUUGAAAGGAAGGGGAUCUACUUUGCCAGGGAGGAAGGAUAAGGAUUUUGACACACUGAGGAAAAAGAUCCUUGAAGUCAUUCUGAAAUUGGACAACAUUCUCAUUGAAAAUGAGAAAGUGCCUGCAAUGAGCGACAGUGCAGAGAGUCUUGACACUAUGAAGGAUGGACUAGAAUCACUCCGUAUAGAAAACCAUAAACUACAGGACUUGCUUGCACAAAAGCAAAAAGAAAUAAAGCUCCUUUCCUCACAAGUUUCUCAUGCUGCUGAGAAAACUUUGCAACAUUCUCGGACUGAGGUAAACUUGUUCAGAAUGAUCACAAAUCUUAAAAGCUCAAUUGAAGAUGCACAUGUUGAAGCUACAAUCAGUGAACAUCUGUAUAAAUUACUUCUCAAGGAAUUCAUGGGCCAGAUCAAAUGCUUCAGUAAAGAAUCAGACCUGGAGUACAAUAUUAUGGAGGGAAGUUCUGAAAUCAUUUUCAGAGAAGCAGCUCAAAAUGUGAAACCUGCUAGCAAGUUGGACAUUGAAGAUUCAGAUAUGGAGUCCAUUAUUAUGCAAGGGGUGUUGGAAAUUGGUCUUCAAGAGGCCUUCAAGGAAGCUGAGGUUCAACUUAGUAGCUUCAACCUGAAAUAUAUUGAUGAGAAUGAAGCUCAAUUGUCACUUGAGAGGGAAGCCAUGGAAAAAUUGGAGCAAGAGAUACACUUACUAAAAGCAACAAUUAAAGAAAAGGACAAACUAGUGCGGGAAUCAGUAGAUGAAUUGGAAAAAGAGAAGGAGAAUUUUGAGUUGGUUUCUCAAGAGCUUCACUGUUUAAAGGUUCAGACAUAUCAACAGGGUCUUUUAACAGAAAACUUGAGGGAAACUGCUGAAGAGAGAAGCAGGCUACUUGCUGCUUCUCAAGAGAAGCUAUCAUUGGUUGAAGCAAGAGAGAGGAACCACAGGGAGAAGCUAGCUUCAACUAUUUUUCUUGUCAGUGGAUUGACAAGAGCAGUCACUGAUUUUGAAAGCAGAUCCACAAAAGAAAUCGAAAGGAAAAGCUUGAGGUUGGAAAACCUGAAUUCACAAUUUGGUUCUCUUAUUCAGAAGGUUAGUAUACUUAAAAGAAGGGGGUUUCUGUACAAGAAGAACUUGGAAAGUAGAUGUUCUGACCUUCGAAAGGCUGAGGCUGAGGUUGAUCUUUUAGGUGAUAAGGUGGAAAAUCUUCAAAGUCUUCUUGAAAAGAUAUACAUAGCGCUGGAUCAUUAUUCUCUGAUAUUGAAACAUUAUCCUGGAAUUACUGAGAUUCUAAAGCUAAUUAGAAGAGAAUUGAAUGGAGAAUCUAUGACCGCUUGCACGCUUGACCCUGCAAACUCCUUGCAAAGCAAUGCCUUUGGUUCCAAUGCAAAGAAAUUUGAAGAUAAAAGAGUGUGAUGCCAAACAGUUGCAGCAAGAGGGGCCAGACACUCGAGGGAACUUGUUUUUUUGCGAGACAGUAUGUCCCACGUCCCUGGUUCUGAACCGCCUGUCUCAGUUGAACCACAAGAUGGUUCUGUGAUACAGUUUUUUGUUCUCACUCCCCUGCCCACAUAGAUUAUAGUAUUUUUGUAAUCAAAGAACAAGACUCCUUUUGUCUCAAUAAGUCCUCUUAUAGCUCUUUUAUAUUUGGCUGUUUUUUUAUGUAUUGAAUUUAUUCCAUGUUUCAUACCAUAGGCUUCCAUGUUAAUGUAUAGUUAUUUCUACAGUCAGUGAAUAAUUUGCUAGGCGU